AUGUUGGAUAGGUUAUUUUCUACUUUAACCUUUUUUUAUGUUUUUUUAUUCUUCAUUCAUAAUUGUAUAUCUGAGAAAUCUGAUAUAAGAGAUAAUUUAUUAAAAAAUGAACAGACAAAAGAUAGAUUUAAACGUGCAAUAAAAAAUAUGGAUGAUGUAAAAUUAAGUUUACCAAUAAAUUAUUAUAUUAAUCCUGGAACUAAUAGCAGAGUUAUAAAAAGAGUACUUCAAUAUAUUAAAAAAGAAACAUGCAUCACUUUUAAAGAAAAACGUGAUAUUUUUGUAUCAGAAGGAUUUUUAUUUAUAUUAGAUACUGAAAGUAGAGUAUCUGUUGGUCCAACAGUUAAAAAUAUGAGUCAACCAAUAAUGUUUAAUUCAAAGUGUAGUCGAACAUUUGGAUGUAUAUUAAAUCUUGUUGGUCAUGCUUUAGGUCUUAUUUACACACAUAAUCGUCCUGAUAGAGGUGAUUAUAUCAAUAUUAAUCGUAAAAAUUUUGAAUUUUUUGAAUAUGAAAUAUUUCAUAAAAAUCCUCAAACAAAUGUCUUAACAUAUAAUACUUCAUAUGGUUAUGGAUCAUUGAUGCAUGAAGGUAGAAAAUUUAUGACUAUUGGUAGUAAAGUAAUUUCUUCAUCUAAAACUUUACAUCCUUAUAAUUAUAUGAUUGGACAAAGAUACUAUUUAAGUUUUAAUGAUGUUAAACUAUUAAAUUAUUAUUAUUGUGAUAAAAAGUGUUCAAGUAAGAAAAAAUUAAAUUGUUAUAAUAAUGGUUAUGCUAAUCCUAAUGAUUGUAAAAAAUGUAAAUGUCCAAAUGGUUAUACAAAAAGUAAAGUAUGUAAAAAAGUAUACUCAAAUAGUAAAAAAUGUGGAAGAUCAGGAUUAUAUGCUACUAAAAAAUUACAUUAUGUUAAAGCUGCAAAAAAAAUAUCUUGUACAUAUCAUAUAACUUCUAAAGUUGGUACAAAAAUAAAAAUAUAUGUUAAACAUAGUAAUACAAAAGAAAAAAAUCCAUGUUUUGAAAAAAUGGGAUUAGAAAUAAAAUAUCGCAAAGAUAAAGGUGCAGUAGGGUUAUGUCUUUGUGGUAAUUAUACAAAAUUUGAUUUUGUAUCAGAAAAUCGUUAUGUUAUGAUUAAUUAUAAUGGAAAAUCAAAUUCAAAUAGUUUUAAAAUUGCUUUCAAACAGGUGGAAAAUUAA